AUGGACCCUCCACCUGAGCCCGCAGCAAGGAACACCCCUCGGUUUCCGAUGUUAGACAUAUCGGACGGAGGCGACAACGAAAGUACCUUUGGCGCAUUAAGCGAGGACCUCUCUCCUCACGGGGACCGGGGUGUCCAGCUGGGCUUCGGAUUUGCUUCCUCGAGGGACCAUCGAAUCAGCAGGGGCGCGCAAGAUAUGGGCACCAUUAGCAGGUCUGCAUCUUUUUCAGGCUUAGAGCCCAGCGGGGAAAGCGCGGAGGAUUCGGCCUCGUUGGUUUCGCCUGGACUUGGACAUGAGAACCCCGAUGAUGGUGCCGUGUCUCCGAUAUCUGCUUAUAAUGAUGAUGAUGGAUUCCGUGGCUAUCCACCGGGCAACUCUCGCCGGUGA